AUGUCUUCAUCUGGCAUCAGCACCGGCGAAAAAUCGUCUGUCCGUUCCAGAAAAGCGGGAAAUGUCGCUUCUGAAAGGUCUCCAGCCGAAGAACACGACAUUUCCGCCGCUGAGAAAUACGAAGAGUCCACGGCCCAGUCUCUUGCAAAAUUGGAGUCGUGGUUGGCACCUCUACUUUUCACAAUCACAUCCUUCGCCCUCAGAAUGUACAGAAUCAGUUUGAACAAUGGUGUUGUCUGGGACGAAGCCCAUUUUGGAAAGUUUGGUUCUUACUACUUGAGACAUGAGUUUUACCAUGACGUGCACCCACCUUUGGGGAAAAUGAUGGUUGGCUUGUCUGGUUGGUUAGCAGGAUACAACGGCUCCUGGGACUUCCCAUCCGGUGAAAUCUACCCAGAUUAUAUUGACUACACUAAGAUGAGACUUUUCCAGGCUACAUUCGCCUCGUUAAUUGUUCCAUUGGCCUAUUACACCUCCAAAGAAAUUGGCUUCUCCAUUCCUGCAACGUGGUUGUUCACCACAAUGGUUACAUUUGAGUUGUCCUACAUUACUUUGGGCAAGUUCAUCUUGCUUGACUCUCCUCUUUUGUUUUUCACUGCGGCUACCUUGUUUACCUUCACUCGCUUCAGCAACUUUAACAACAAGAAGCAAGAAUUCUCGCGCAAAUGGUGGAAGUGGAUUUUGCUUACCGGUAUCUCCAUCGGAUGUACUUGCUCUACCAAGAUGGUUGGUCUUUUCGUUACCUCCUUGGUGGGCAUUUAUACUGUGGUUGACUUGUGGAACAAAUUCGGCGAUAAGUCUAUUUCGUGGAAGAAAUACGCUGUCCACUGGGCUACGCGUAUCUUCGCCUUGAUUAUCGUGCCUUUCCUUGUCUUUUUGUUGUCCUUCAAGAUCCACUUUGACUUGUUAUAUAAGUCAGGAACAGGUGAUGCCAACAUGUCUUCUUUGUUCCAAGCCAACUUGCUUAAUUCUGAUGUGGGAGGUGGUCCAAGAGAUGUUACAAUUGGUCACUCUUUUGUAACCCUCAAGAACCAAGGUUUGACCGGUGGUUUGUUGCACUCUCACGUUCAAACUUUCCCUGAAGGUUCUAAACAACAACAGGUGACGACAUAUUCCCACAAGGAUUCCAACAACAACUGGAUUUUCCAAAGACCUCGCCCUCAACCUUUCUAUGACACAGAGACAAACUCAGAAGCUGAGUAUGUUUUGGAUGGCAUGACCGUUAGAUUGAUCCACCCACAGACAGGUAGAAACUUGCAUACUCAUGACAUUUCGGCGCCAGUACAAAAGUCUGAAUACGAAGUCGCUUGUUAUGGAAACAUGACUGUUGGAGACUUGAAGGAUAACUGGAUUGUUGAAGUUAUGGAAUCUUACGGUAAAGAAGACGCGUUGAAAUUGCACCCUUUAACCACAUCUUUUAGAUUAAAGAGUGAGGUCAUGAACUGCUAUCUAGGUGUCACAGGUAACUCCUUGCCACAAUGGGGUUUCAGACAAGGUGAGGUUGUCUGUUUCAAGAACCCAUUCAAAAAGGACAAGAGAACUUGGUGGAAUAUCGAAAACAACCGGAAUGCGAUUUUGCCUGAUGCUCCUGAGGACUUCCAGUUGCCAAAAACGAACUUUUUCAAGGACUUUAUUCAAAUCAACUUGGCCAUGAUGGCUACUAACAAUGCUUUGGUUCCUGACGAUGACAAGCAAGAUGACUUGGCUUCCAAGUUCUGGCAAUGGCCAACAUUGCACUCUGGUAUCAGAAUGUGCUCCUGGGCCGACGAUAAGGUAAAGUACUUUUUGAUUGGUUCUCCGGCUACAACUUGGACUUCUUCUGUCGGUGUUGUCUUGUUUUGCUUCAUUACUUUGUACCACUUGAUCAGAUGGCAAAGACAAAUCAAUGAUUUUGAAACGGCUCUGAAACUCAAGAAGUUUGUGAUGGGCGGCAUCUAUCCUAUGUUUGGCUGGGGUUUGCAUUUUAUGCCCUUUGUUAUCAUGGGUAGAGUCACGUACGUGCACCACUACUUGCCAGCGUUGUAUUUCGCGAUGUUGGUCUUCACGUACGAAGUUGAAGCCUUUACUCAGCCAUUAGCUCGCUCUCAAAAGCCAGCAAUGAAAGUCUUGUACUGGGGUAUUUUCAUUGCGUUGUAUGCUUUGAUGAUACUCACGUUCUGGCAUUUCAGAUGGAUCUCUUGGGGUAUGGAAGGUCCAAAGACCGAUUGGAGCCAUUUGGACUUGUUGCCCUCCUGGAGAGUGGGUAACGAAAACUAUAUAUAA